UGCCGAUAAACCCCACCGAAGAAGGAGAAUUCGUGUCUCUUUCUUUUGUAACAUCUCUGGAGUGGUCAAGCUACGGUUUCUCUGACAGCAAUAUUGGAUAAGGAUCAAUAGAAUAAAGCCUGAAAAAUAUUUGACAUUUUGACGGGAGGGGACCCUCUGGCGCCGCCUCUUCCUCUCUGGGAUUGCUACGCAGUCGUCUAGGCAGCAGCAAUGGAGUCCAUCAAGAAAACUAUCAAGAAUGAACCUGGAAACUGACAGGCCUAACCUGAAGGUAAACGGUUACAACCUGCUCCCACGUCACAUCUGCCGUGGUUGGGAAACCUCACUGUGUGACAUUCCACCUAGCCCUGUGGCCAACUGAUUGAGCUUGGUGUGAUUUCGCGUCCCCCUCGCAGACAAUGUACUGCCUUCAGUGGUUGCUCCCAGUCCUCCUCAUCCCGAAACCCCUGAAUCCGGCCUUAUGGUUCAAUCACUCAAUGUUCAUGGGCUUCUACCUGCUCAGCUUCCUUCUGGAGAGGAAGCCAUGUACCAUUUGUGCCUUAGUGUUCCUGGCAGCCCUGUUUCUCAUCUGCUACAGCUGCUGGGGAAACUGUUUUCUGUACCACUGCCAUGACUCCACACUGCCAGACUCUGCACACGACCCCAGCAUUGUGGGUAACUAAGAGGAUCCCACUGACACUAGGAGCACACGGACCCUGGACAAUCUCUAUCUAGGCUGUGAAUAAAAUCCCCCAGUUGACUGUUGAGAUGCUGAGAAACCUAGACAGUGUCCGGAUUCUCAUCCCCUCUGCCCUUAGUGUACAUUUGUUCACUUCCCUUCAUGGAUUUCAAAGGAAUUGACUGUUGCAAAAAAUAGGGUGGUAAUUCCCUCUCACACGAUUACACCAAUCCAGUGCAUUUAAAUGCAUGGGGAGGAGUGCAUAUGUAAACUUUCCAGAAAAGGGCCUAUCCUGCCCAUAUCCCUCCUCACUACUGCCCUCCACCCCUGCCUUUAUCCCCUGGUCUUGAGUGAACCACUGGACUCACAUUUGCAAUGGUUGCCUUUAUAGUUUUCAUAUGUCUUGCUAAUACAUCAAUUUUAAUUACAGAAUGCUGAAAGUUUCCAAAGGGUAGAAAUUGUGUGUGUGUUAGUCAGCAUUUUCACAAGUCAUACUAUAAGAAUGUUAUGGUAGCAGGAAGGUGAACAUGAAUAUCCUGCGUCCUUGUUGAGCUUUAUUGACGUCAAGAGCAGAAGAGUGAUGUGAACCAUUUUCAUGUCACUUCCUCUGCAGAGCUCAAAUGUUACCACAGCUUUUAAUUUAUUAAAGUUCAACGUCUGAAGGUGUUAUCAUUGACCAUGA